UGUGACAUAUAGGAAAGGCCUCGUGCCCCCCGCAAACGGCGCAGUUGGGGCCUCCCUGAUAGGAAGUCCUCUCCCCCCAGCCUGGCUCCCCCAUUAACACAGCAUAGCUCUGGGGACAGAGUUUUGGGGGACACUUCCUAGUCUUCUGACCCCUCAAGGGGUGACAGGGGCCUGGGACACCCAGGGGACACGGGGAAGUUAAGGGGUCACUCGCUCCCGCUGGGACGCAGGUGCCGCGGGCCACCUGUUGCGGUGCGCGGUGGAGGGUGCGGAUGCUCACCUGCGCAGAGAGCUGGCCCCGGAGCCUUGGGCGUGCGCGCCAAAGAGCCGAGGUCCCCACGCCCGGCCAGCCUCGGGCUUCCGCCGGGUCAGCUGACCGCCCAGUGCGGAACUGUGCGCUCGGCCCGCGCUGCUAGCCGCCGCCGCGCUCCGCGCUGGGUGCCGCGCGUCCGCCCGUCGCCAUGGCCGGGCUCGUGGUCAGUGGAACUCAAGUGUCCUACAUAGGCCAGGACUGCAGAGAAAUUCCAGAACACCUUGGCAGGGACUGUGGACAUUUCGCAAAGAGGCUGGAUCUGAGCUUUAACCUUCUGAGGUCACUGGAAGGACUGAGCGCGUUCGGGAGCCUGGAGGAGCUCAUCUUGGACAACAAUCUGCUCGGGAACGACCUCGUGUUGCCAGGGUUACCCAGGCUCCAUACCUUAACCCUCAACAAGAACCAAAUCACUGACUUGGACUAUCUGCUUGAUCACCUGGCAGAAGUGACACCAGCUCUGGAGUACCUCAGCCUGCUGGGUAAUGUGGCAUGUCCCAAUGAGCUGGUCAGCUUGGAAAAGGAUGAGGAGGACUACAGGCGAUACAGAUACUUUGUUCUGCACAAGCUGCCCAAUUUGAAGUUUCUAGAUGCCCGGAAAGUAACAAGACAAGAACGAGAGGAAGCUUUGGUCAGAGGGGCGUUCAUGAAGGUGGUGAAACCCAAGGCUUCCAGUGACAGCGUUGCUGCCUCUCCAGAGUGCCACUAUACACCCCUGCCUCCUGCAUCCAGGGAACUCACCAGUCACCGAGGUGUCCUGGGGAAGUGUCGCUAUGUUUACUACGGGAAAAACUCGGAAGGCAAUAGGUUUAUCCGAGAUGACCAGCUCUGAAGGCAAGUCCUCUAUGCCUUAGCCCAUGUCAUGAGAAUGAAAGAUAAAGGGAAAGCAAAAACAAAGGAAAAGCUAAAGAAGCAAGCAAAGGCCCGCAUUGCAUCUCUGUGGGGAGGCUAUGACUUCAGCACUUGGUACCUUCUGCUGACUUUGCCAGGCCUGUCAGAUCAUCCUUCUGCCUUAGACUGAGUGGUCACAUAGAGCUUGACAUGAUUGCCCUUAAGCAGGUCUCAUCCACCAGGGUGACAGACAGUGGCAGCAAAGCACCAGGGCUGACAGGACAAACACCAUGAUAGAUUGCCUGGCCCCUCCACUGCUCACAGGGGAGCAGAGGUCACACCUGGGCCUCCCUGAGCAUGCUCAGUGGCUGUUUUGUGAAGUGAGAGGCUCUGUCUUCCGCUUGCCUAUUGAGUAGAGAUGCCUCUGAUAGCUUUGUGCUGUGGGUUUAUUUUUAGUGAAAUAGUCACAGUUUAGAGGAAGGCCACUCUCCCUUACUCACCUUAAAUCUUAAUCUCUUAUAGUCUAUGUAGCCCCCAUUCUGCACCAUCCUUUAUCACAGGCCAAAGAGAACAGGGUGGUAAGUUCUCAGCCAGGUCAUACAUUCACAGACAGCUUCAUGUUACAGUUCCUGUACUGGAGUAAAGGGCUUCCGCUGAGUCCCUGCCUACAAGGGCACGGGCUUCACCUUGUUUUGUUCAUUUCUAAAUCCACUUCUUAGGCAGUGCUCGGCAUCUUGUCCCAGCACCAGGGUCUGGUUGCAUCAAGGACUCUGAUUUAUUCAUUUACUUGUUUGUUUAAUUUUCUUAAAUCAUAUCCAUUCCCAGCUGUAUCUAUGGCCAUAUUUGUGUUUGGAGCUGGCACGCCCCUUUGGGUGCUAUUUAAAGGUGGUGAGGUAAUGGAAGGUAGAGUGGUGGGCCAGAAAGUCACAAGCAAAAGUGAAGACUGUAGAGGACACCCACCAGAACAGUUUCUAAUGGAAGGAACAAAUACUUUGAAUUUGGUAUCUUUCUCGGGAUCUUUCUCAGAAAUGAGAUCCAGAGCUUGUGAGAUGAUCUUUCUGUGUCACUGGCUGGAUUCCAGCGCUAAUAGUACCAGGAAAAUAAGCAUGUUCGUACUAGUUGGGUGGUCGUAAUUUCAUUUCAUAUACUGGGAUACUAGGAAAAUCACUCUUGAAGGGAUGUGAAAGGCUGGCUGCCCUUGACACAAUAGUGUUUACUGCUGCUGCUUCUAAUUAGACCAGGUGUUCAUUGACCUUGAUCUCCCAGUGUUAGGUCAGUGUGAGGACAGCAAAACCUGAAAGAGAAUCCUCCAGGUUAUAAAUACCAUAUGACUAGAUAAUCACUACUGUAAAAGUCUUUGGGAGCUCAGAAUCCCUGAGAUAUCCGAGAAGAACCUUUCUCAGUUCUAGGCCAUUCUGACAGCCUCUGGCCUGCUGGGUCCACCCAGUGCUUGAAUGACUUGCAUUGAGGCUGGCAGGAAUCCCUCUUAAUAGAUUAUGCAGUCUUCAGUAAUCUGAUAUUGAAACAAAUUUAGAUUAAAAUCCUCAAGACCAUUAAAAAUUAGAAGAUAUUGAAUGUUUGCCAGCAUCUCUCAAAUCCAUUAAUAAUCAGAACCGAGUGCCUUUCUCUAUUUGAUCUACAAAACAGCAUUGGGAUAAUGCUUUAAACUAGCUGUAUUAGGUCCCACCCUGGUUCUUUGUUUAGAAGCACCAACACAUGUUUUGUCCAUGGCAUAUUAUGGGCAGCCAGAUUACUGUGCAAGGGCAGCUAGACUAGUCCAAUGUCACAUCCAAUCUAGCAGCACAUAUAUCCUUGUCUUUAUAAAAGGCUUUAACCCUGCCUCAAACAAUAAAAAAGCACUUGUGAACCGACCACAGAAUUUUUCCAUCUUUAUUUUUCUUACUUGUUUACUUUUCUUAAUGUCAGAACCAUUUGUAUCAUGUGCAGGAAUGUCUCCCUCAAUGUGAGCUUUGGAGGCAAAAAAUAUUUGUGGAGUGAGUUACUGACCACAUUGUUUCCUUCUCUCUGGGUUGUUUAUUUUCAACCAAAAUGGUGUAAUAACUUUAAUUAAGAUUAGCUUUAAUUAUGAUUUACAUAAAGGUCAUCACUGUGGUAUAUUCAUCUUAGUGGUAGAAUUAUAGCGACUUCUGUUUCUCUUAAAAAAGGAUAAUGUUAAUGAAUUAAUGUUGGGUUGUUUACAGUUCCACUGUUUGUUAAGCAAGAUUUGCUAUGCUAGAGCUAGACUUUGGUCUGAAUUGGUACAAGAGGAAGCAAAGUUGCGUGCCUAUCUUAAAUCAGUUGGAAUUUCCCAAACCUUGUUUUUCAAAGUAGAGAAUUAGAAGGUAAUAAAUUCAAUGAAAGCUCGGACAUAUUUCAUACCCCCUGUCUCUCUUUCAUCUUUCUGCCUUUUACCCUAUCCCAGUGAGCUUUUUCUUUGGGGAUCAUAGUGCCUAACAUCCCUGUGCUGUCUUUCCCUGGACAGUGAUCUGACUUGGGAGUUCACUGCAGUAGAAGGCCGUCCUGAAGUCCUCUGUUCCCUCUGCAAAGUCAGGGCAGACUGUCUCUUUCCUAAGUAACAUAAUUUUAUAGAACAAUUUGUUCCUUGGGGGAUAAUGUUUUAGAUUGUGGGGAAUCCUAUUAAAAGUACAACUAUUACAAUCAUUUGGUUUUACUUUUACCAGCCUUGCUCAUAAACCCUCCAUCUGUUUUGUUGCUUUAAAUAGAGGCACAUUAUAAGAGAUUUCACUCAAUCGGGCUGCACGUCUGAGUGUUGUGCAUUUUCAUACAUUCACAUAUACACUAAGGAAUAAAAGAAAGCAAAGCACAGAUUCUGCAUGAAAGGGUUUUUCGUUUGCGGGGAGGGUGUCUGUGUCUGUGUGUGUGUCUGUGUUUUCCAGCAGUUGCACAUUUUCAGAGGAAAAUGUCUUUCGUGCUGCUUCUAAGAAAGAACCUGGCUGUCUUUCUCUUCUUUGUUAAUAUGCAGAUCAAAAACAAUCCACACAGCUCUUUUCAUCGAAACACUAACAGUGUUCAGUGGCUGCUACUCACAAGAGCGGCCUAAGUCAGAUCUGUAGCACUGCCUAAUGCCCAAGGUGGACAACACAUAGCCCAUUGAGGCUCCUCCCUGGUGUCCAUCCAUUGCAGCUGACCCAAUGUGACAUUCACCAUCUGCUUCUCCCAGUUCUGUUUCCAAGGAGAAACCUUUUGCCAAACUUUACUUGAUUUACUUGAUUCUUCUCUCUAACCUGUCUAAAUACUGUGUAGUAAACUACAGUGACUAGUACCUGGAAAGGGAAAGGAGAACAGAGAAACAUAAAGCAUGUUGGUUAUUUGUUUGCAUCACAGAACAUCAGCCCCGGGUAAAGUACUGUGUGUUACUUCUAAUGCAUCAGCAAAAGCUUAAGGGAUUUGAAGAACACUCAAAGACACAGCCACCUGUCUGAAAAUAUUGUCUAAAUACAAGUUUACCUGAAAUUUUCCAACAUCAGGAGUUCUCCUUUGGGUAAUUAUAAUCCCAAUGUUAAUUUAUCAUGUUGUAGAUGGGACAGGUUAUAUUCUUCAUACAUAUUAACAUAUUAGCAAAUGAUCAUUUUCCCAGAGUAGCAUGGAAUGUGGCCUGGAGAACAUACAAACUAGGACAAGAGUGUUUUGCUAAGAAAGAAAAGAGAAAAUUCUAUGUAUGGUAAGUGUCUGGGGGCAUGUUGCUGAAGUGGGAAUGAUUUAAAUGGUAAUAAAUGGAAUUAUGCCAAGGGAGAGCAUGAAGCAGAGCUAGAAGCAGAACUAAAGUGUGGAUUCUUAGUAGACAGGGGCAAUAGGGAGCUGAGGGGAUAAUGAGGAAGGGAGGGACAAGACAGGUUUUUGCCAAUUAGAAAGGUUGCUAAUGUUCGGCACUAAGGUGGUGGUUAACUAUAUUUCUCUCAAAAUGGAAUAUUCUUUGAUAAGUGGGGAGUGCUACCAGCUAGUAAUGUUUUACAAGUUUCUCUGCCCAAGAUGAUGAAACAGUGAGGAAAGAUGGAUUACAAAGCCCUGUGGGGUCAUAUGUGUGAUGGCUACUUAUAGGCAAAGAUGACUAUCACUUGUGCUUAAUAUCAACAAAAACCAGCACCCUAAAGUAAGUUCCCUAGCUGCUGGACUGGCUGAAAGAUAGGGGGAAAACUUGUUGUCUGGGGAAUUAGAUCAAAGAGAGAAAAGGUUUUAUGUUCAUGUCAAGCCUUCUCAUGUUCACUAAGUUCAGAGGUAUGUGGGUGCCUUGACAAGAUGACACAAAAGCAAAGAUAUUUAAGGAAAAUGACAGAGGCCUUUAUGUGGGACCAAAGAUGCUGGCAGUGGGACUCGGCCAUCCCUGAGUGCAGGCGGUAAAUGAUGACUCAUAGGAGGAGUGACUAACAACUAAGUUCAACUGAAUAACCUGAAUGAACAUGUAGAAUAUUCUAGAAAUAAUGUUUAUAUUUUGUCACAUUGAGUAAACAACUCUUCCUUCUUCAUAUUGGAAUAAUUCUUUCCAUCUUGGAAAUAGGAAUGAAUUUGAAAGGUAUAACUUCCUUCAGACACUAACUUUUCUAUUUGACUAUUUGUGAUGAGAGUGACAACAGUGCCUUCGUGGUGGGCUUACCCACAAUAUGUACACUAUUCAAGUUAUGGAGUCGUGAAAUAGGUAAAAACAUUAAUAUACAUUAUCCAUUCACAGAAUUUGUGUUUAUUAGAUAAUAGUUUAAAUAAUAAUACAGGCGUACCUCUUUUUAUUGUGAUUCACUCUAUUGUGCUUCACAGAUGCUUAUUGCAUUUAUUCCAAAUCGAAGGUUUGUGGCCACCCUGCAUCGAGCAAGUCUGUUGGUACCAUUUUUCCAACAGCAUUUGCUCACUUCAUGUCCCUGUAUCACAUUUUGAUAAUUCUUGUAAUACUUCAAACUUUUUCAUUAUUACUAUUAUAUUUGUUAUUGUGAUGUAUGAUCAGCAGUUACAACUCCCUGAAGGCUCAGAUAUUAGCAAAAAAAUAUUUUUUAAUUAAGGUAUGUACAUUGUUAUUUUAGACAUAAUGCUAUUGCAUACUUUUAGACUACAAUAUAGUAUGAACUUAACUUUUACAUGCACUGGGAAACCAAAAUAUUCCUUUGACUCACUUUACUGCAUUAUUCACUUUAUUGCAUUAUUCGCUUUAUUGCUGUGGUUUGGAACCCAACCCACAAUAUCUCUGAGGUAUGUCUGUAUUCACCUGUUCCAUUCUAACCCUAAAGCCAGCAAACCCAUAUUCUAUGUCUGAUGCUCUGUUAAGCUAGACCAGCA